UUUAACUAUGUCAGACUAUAGUUAAUUAUUAAAGUUAAUUUCGUUCAUAAAGUACCUAUAACUGAACAGUAUUUUUGUGACAAUGUUAGGAAAAGUGUUGUGCUUUUUAAGUUUAGUGUUAUUGGUGGUAUGUGAUAGUAAUUGGUAUGACACUGAAGAUGAAGAAGAUGCAAUAAUUAACUACCUUCUUAAUGGAGGAAGCUUCGAAAUGGACGCGUCUGGUGAAACUUUAGAUGAGCCAGAACCAGUUCUAAAUGGUGGAAUAUGGAAAUGUGGAGCUUGUGAUGACAUGAGCGAAUCCAAGCUCAUCUACAGCGAAGUGAACCAAAUAGACGCUGACAUGGAUAAUGAUAAAUCUGUUGAUAUUCAGGUAGGCGUAACGUUACACAGCAUGCGCUGCGUGACAGUGCGAGCCAGCUCCGCAGGAGUGGUUCGGAGGAUGUCGGGGUCAUGCCGAGGACCUACGGUGACCUUGACCGUGCUGCCAGUCCAGCAUUUCACGCUGCAAGUGUAUGGGGAGUAGAGAGGAAUUGGCAGACGUGGUUUUGUUGGUUGAGUGCAUUGUAGAGACAGUUUUGAGCGAAAUUGUGUUGUUUUACUGUGAGAUAAAUGAGUGUAUGUGA